AUGGUCUAUAGUUUCACUGGUGGCGACAAUGGAGGUGACGAGGUGAUGGCGGCGGUGAUGGAAGCAGCCAAGAGAAAUUGUUACCAGACAACUGGAUCUCUGUACUUUUGGGCAGCCCAUUUAGCUGGGCCAGUCUGGGGCCCAUUUGCAUCUUGGUGUUGUGCUUGGCUAGAGACAAUCGGCCUCAUUGCCGGAAUUGGUACAAUGGCUUAUUCAUCCUCACAAGUCCUGCAAAUAAUCAUUUUGUUAUGCACUGGUACGCAUAAAGGCGGUGGUUACCUUGCCUCUCCUGCAGUUUUUCUGGGGAUGUAUACAUGUUUUACAAUAAUAUGGGCCAUACUCAACACGUUUGCAUUAAAAGUAAUUGCCUUCAUUGACAUGAUAUCAAUAGUUUGGCAGCUGAUUGGGGGUUCAGUCCUCAUUUUGCUACUUCCUCUAGUGGCUUCAUCUACUCAGCCUGCCUCUUUUGUGUUCACCCAUUUUGAAUUAGGCUCAGAAUCGACAGGAAUAAGCAGCAAGCCAUAUGCUAUCAUCUUAUCUGUUCUUUUUAGCCAUUUUUCUUUGCUUGGAUAUGAUACUGCAGCACAUAUAACAGAGGAAACAAAGGGAGCUGAUAAAAAUGGCCCCAUUUCUAUUCUUACAUCUAUUGGAAUUGUCUCAGUGUAUGGCUGGUGUUAUGUCCUAGUUCUUACAUUCUGCAUCCAGGAUUUCAACUAUCUUUAUGAUGCGAACAAUGAAACUGGGGGAGCAUAUGUGCCUGCACAGAUAUUAUAUGAUGCUUUUCAUGGGAGAUAUCAUAAUUCUAUUGGUGCUAUCUUUUUUCUAAUUGUUAUUUGGGGUUCAUUUUUCUUUGGUGGUCUCUCUGGCACCACCAGUGCCGCUAGAGUGGUAUACGCAUUGUCGAGGGAUGGAGGCUUUCCCUUAUCAUCCAUGUGGCGUAAAAUUCAUCCAAAACAUAAAGUUCCGGCUAACGCAGUAUGGCUCUGCGCAGCUAUCUGCAUAAUCAUGGGGCUUCCUAUCGUCAAGGUUAAUGUUGUGUUCACAGCUAUUAUUUCUAUAUGCACAGUUGGGUGGGUGGGGAGCUAUGGAGUACCUAUAUUGGCGAGAUUAGUCAUGGCAGAGAAGAACUUCAAGCCUGGGCCUUUCUACCUGGGCAAAGCCAGUAAGCCUGUGUGUUUUAUAGCAUUCUUAUGGAUCUGCUACACUUGUUCGGUUUUCCUGCUUCCAACUUUGUAUCCCAUAGACUAUAAGGACUUUAACUAUGCACCAGUGGCUUUAGGUCUCUGCCUAAGUGUUAUAAUGUUGUGGUGGGUGUUGGAUGCCAGGAGAUGGUUCAAGGGGCCUGUUAGGAAUAUUGGUGUUGAUCAAAAUGAAAAAAUUUAGGGAGAUUUGCA